CUCCCCUACCCCCCGCACCACGUGGCUUCCUCUGCAUUACACAGUUUUACUAGUGGUUCACUGCCAGGUUGUAGUAAAUAGAGGCGGUAACGGUAGUAGCAAGGCUCGGCCACUCACGCUCCUGCACUUCACUAUCGUAGCCCCGCCCCUUUCCUUCGGUCCGGCACGAGUGGGCGGGAGGCAACGCCCACGGGUACCAGAGAAGCAACAAUCGUGGCAUUUAGUUGUCGACGGUGACCCAGCGACUGUUUACCCGGUGAGCGAGGGCAUUUUUUUUUUGCGGCCGAGUGUAAGAGAGAGACAGCCUACGGGCCGAAGUCUGUUGCUAGUGAGCUUGGCGUUGUGUCAUCGCUGGUGCUAAUUAACGUUUUGGACUCCUUCGGGUGACGCCCCCUCACCCGGUGUUAAGAACCACGGCUACCACUAAGUUUGUCAACUUUGUACAUCCCGGGUGCUGCACCACACGCCCACAGGAGCUGUUCGUGAUUUGUUGUAGUCUACAAGUCUUCUUUGCGCCAUGAACAAGCUGUACAUUGGUAACUUGCCGGACUCCAUCUCUUCGGCCGACCUGGAGAAGGUGUUCGCUGACUGCCAGAUUCCUUUGGGGGGCCCCGUGUUACUAAAAACCGGCUACGCCUUUGUGGACUGUCCCGAUGAGUCGUGGGCAAUGAAGGCCAUCGAGAAUCUGUCUGGGAAGGUGGAGCUUCAUGGCAAACGCAUCGAAGUGGAGCAUUCAGUCCCCAAAAAGCAAAGAAGUUGCAAGCUUCAAAUUCGGAACAUUCCACCCCAUCUACAGUGGGAGGUGUUAGAUGGUGUAUUAGCUCAGUAUGGCGUUGUGGAGGCCUGUGAACAAGUGAAUACAGACAGUGAGACUGCAGUUGUUAAUGUCACAUAUGCCAGUCGGGAGCAGGCCAGACAAGCUGUUUUGAAGUUAAAUGGUUAUCAGCUGGAAAACCAUGCUCUGCGGGUCUCCUACAUUCCUGAUGAUCAGUCUGUGCAGGGUACCGACAACGGCAGGCGAGGAGGUUUUGGGGCUCGAGGUGCACCUCGGCAGGGUUCCCCUGGAGCUGGACCAGUAUCCCCUUUGAAGUCACAGCAUGCAGAUAUCCCACUGAGACUCCUGGUACCAACACAGUAUGUAGGGGCUAUCAUUGGCAAAGAAGGAGCCACCAUUCGUAACAUUACUAAGCAGACUCAGUCCAAUGCUGAAGAAGUUCCUCUGAAAAUUUUGGCGCACAAUAACUUUGUGGGACGCUUGAUUGGUAAAGAAGGAAGAAAUCUCAAAAAGGUAGAACAAGAUACUCAGACCAAAGUCACCAUCUCUCCGCUGCAGGAGCUGACGUUGUACAAUCCUGAACGAACAAUCACAGUCAAGGCCUCAAUAGAUGCAUGUUGUAAAGCUGAAUGUGAAAUCAUGAAAAAAGUGCGGGAAGCAUAUGAAAAUGACAUUGCUGCUAUGAAUCUUCAGUCUCAUCUAAUUCCUGGCUUGAACCUUGCUGCUUUGGGGCUGUUCCCUUGCUCUUCUGGUGCAGUGCCGCCUCUUCCCAACAACAUGGCCAGCACACCACUAUACAGCUCAUACACGACUCCAGAACAAGAAACUGUGCACGUUUUCAUCCCUGCACAGGCUGUUGGUGCUAUCAUUGGGAAGAAGGGGCAACACAUCAAGCAGCUGUCUAGGUUUGCAGGAGCAUCUAUAAAGGUAGCUCCAGAGAGCACCCCUGAAGACAAGAUUCGAAUGGUCACUCUUCAUGGGGCGCCUCAACCCCAAAAGGAGGCUCAGGGAAGAAUUUAUGGGAAACUGAAAGAAGAGAACUUUUUUGGACCAAAAGAAGAAGUUAAACUGGAAACUCACAUCAAGGUUGCUGCUUCAGCUGCAGGUCGGGUUAUAGGAAAGGGAGGCAAAACAGUGAAUGAGCUACAGAACCUGACUGCAGCAGAGGUAGUGGUACCACGAGACCAGACUCCUGAUGAGAAUGAACAAGUUGUAGUCAAAAUCAUUGGACACUUUUAUGCUAGCCAGAUGGCACAGAGAAAAAUACGUGAGAUCCUCACACAAGUCAAACAGCAGCAACAGAAGGGACAGAGCAGCCAACCACAGAGCCGAAGGAAAUGAGGACACCUGGAGUGCCCCUCUCAAAAAUAAAUAAAUAAAUAAAAUAAAAAAGUAAAAAAAAGUGUGAAAGUACACAGACCUGGUGCCUGGCCUAAGAGUGACUGUGAAUCUGAUUACUAUAGUGUGCAAUUUUGUUUCACAAGGAUUGACGUUCAUCUUUUGUUUUUCUCCUUUUCACAAAAAAGGCUCCAGAUAGUUGAAACCAAACUAACAAAAAAUUGUUUGGUGAUGCCUCGCCCUGCUUUGGGAGUUGAAGUAAUGUAUUCAGGAAAGUUAUUUCUGAAGGUCUGGUUACAUCAGCUGUUUAGGCAAAGUAAUUUCUAUAAACAUGAUGGUGAGUUUUGUGUGCCUUUUUAGGUAGAUUGUGCAUUUGCUAUUUGGGAAUGUCUCUAAGAUGUCUGAACAAGGAUAUUUGGACCCAGCUUAAAGAAUGCUAUUUGUCUCUUCUAGAAAAGCAGUACAGUAAGUGCAUUCUUUAUGGGUGUUGGUCUUGCUAGUUCAGUAAAUGUGUCCAGUUUCUAUGUGCAGCAAAGAUACGUGGAAAAAUGCUGGACGUUUUUGAAAUAAUUUUAGCUGUUAACAUUUUGACAAAGUGGACUAGCUACAGAGUAUUUGUGAAGUUCCUGAAAAUUCUGCCUGCUUGAAACUUAUUUGUUGUUUACCCAAACCUAAUGAAAGUUCAUGACACUACUCAGGGCUAAACUGAUGUAACAAGGACUUUGGAUUGCUUUUCUGAUUCAGACCUCUGGGUAAGCACACUGAAGCUGGCCUGUUCCAUGCACUGUGCCCUGUGCUUGAUCUUCCACCUCAAGCGUUGUUUCACACGUCUUUUGUUGGCUGAGAAAAACAAAAUGCCACUGGAUAACAACUGACACUUGUACAGUUUUCUCAUUUACCUGCCAGUUUUUGGCAGUGGCAGGGUGAGCAGUGAUGUGGGUUUGUAUGUGUUGCAGUAGCAUGUUACUGGCUGCCCACCCACAUAUUAAUACACGGUAAUACUGUAGUAUGACAUAACAGACGAGUACCAGCAACCUCUGGGUAUCAGUCACAGUCACUCUUAAGAGCCUUUUCUGAUUUUUGUUUGUAUAGGUGUAAAUUAAUUGUGUAUAUGAGGAGAGCAGUGGCCCCCACUUCCAGUGGCACUGCUUUCAUUGCUGUACAGAGAUCUUUUCACAAGACCAUGACAGUGUUGUGAUUCUGCAAUUGACCAAGUAAUAGUUAUUCUGACAAGUAAAGACUGGAAGUAGGGGUCAUAAGACUCUCUCUCCUGCAUUAAAAGUAAAAGUCAGGCACAGCUUUGUGUAUUUUACAAAUGCUACCUCAGAAGUGAGUAGUUACCUCAACAUUUCUUCCUUAUUGAAUUUUUUUUUUUUUUUUUUUGCUUGCU